AUGGUCACGGCAAGUGACGCCUCUGAGCAUGUCACGUCGCCUUCUACCAUAGUCGUCGACCACAAUGAUUCUCAGAAUGCUCCUUCCAACAUUAAUCUCUUAACCCUGAACUGCUGGGGCCUUCGCUACAUUUCGACGCAACGUAACGCGAGACUGGACGAAAUUGGUCGCAGAAUCGCACACGCUGUGCCUACACCGCAGAUCGUGGCUUUGCAAGAAUGUUUCACUCAAGAGGAUUAUGAGGCUAUCCGUCACCAUACCCGUCAGAUUCUUCCCUAUGGAAAGUUUUAUCAUAGUGGUGCUUUCGGAGGCGGCCUCGCCAUCUUGAGUCACUGGCCUAUCGAGGAGAGUACCAUGUUCAAAUAUCCCCUCAAUGGACGCCCGACCGCUUUUUGGAGAGGAGACUGGUACGUAGGCAAGGGUAUCGCGUGUGCAAAAAUUCGCUUUGGGCCGAAACGAAAAGACAUUGUUGAGGUCUUCAACACACAUACUCACGCCCCCUACGAGCCUGAACCCGUGAGUACGUACAGUUGUCAUCAAGUUGCUCAGUCAUGGGAAAUGUCGAAGCUUUUGCGUGGUGCUGCCGAACGUGGACAUCUUGUUGUUGGUAUGGGUGAUUUCAACAUGUUUCCAUUGUCCAUAUAUCAUCGCGUCAUCACAGGGCACGCACCUGUUCGCGAUGUCUGGCGCGUACUACAUCCGGACAGCUCUCUCGGUCCCGCGUACCAUCCUUCUGAGCAGGAUCGCCACCGGCCGUUACCAACAGCCGACUUCAACCUUCUCGAGAAUGGAGUAACUAGUAACUCGGUCUACAACACAUGGCGUUGGAACAAGAAUCAGCAGAACCGCCUCAAGAAGGGCGAUAUUUGUGAAGUUCCACCCGACACCAUUGACCCGCGAGGCCAGCGCCUUGAUUAUAUCUUUGCCUCGACUGGUGUCGACCCCGAUGCUCCAACAACGACCCCUGGUUGGAUCGUAAAGUCCGCUCACGUUUCCAUGACUGAACGGCAUCCCGACCUGCUUUGUUCGCUUUCCGAUCACUUCGCUGUUCAGGCUACUCUCACCCGGCACACUCCUUCUCCAGCACCCACUCCAGUUGAUCCACGCUCCGAGACUCCCUCUGCUGCUCUGCAGACGGGUGCCUACCUGGCUCCCAGCAGCCCCGCCAGCAGCAUACACUCAGGCGACGCAGCGCAGACAGCCAAUCCAGAUGCCCAGCUCAAGCGCGGCCGCUCUUCCAACCGUGACUCGCUGCACGCAUCUACUUACGAUGAGAUUCUUGGCAUGAUCCAAAAGUAUCGCGCUCGUGAAUUUCAGCAGCGUUUUUGGCGCGGUUUGCAUUUCUUUGCUGCUCUGUUCAUCUGGAUCGCUUGUCUAAUUGCUGUGUGGUUCAGCCCUGAGAAUUAUGUCGCAUUUAUUCUCAUGCUCAUCAGCAGUCUGAGCUUAGUUGCUGGUGUUAUUGAUGGCCUGCUCUCCCUGCUCUUCUUUUCGUGGGAGAUUCGUGGUUUGAAAGAAUUUGAAUGGGAAAUUCGUAACGCCAAAACUGUGGUAUCUGGUGACCCUGUUGCAUUGGCAGAGUCCGAAACAUACCACAGUUCUGGGCAAAGGUCGAAAUCUCAAUGA